AUGGUGACGGUGGCGAAAAAAACACAACGCAGGUGGUUUGCCGGAUUCUCUCUGUAUACAUCUAACACAGAAUUAUCAACAAUAAGUGACAGAGAGAAUUCCACUUUAUGUUACAAGGACGGCCCUCAGUUACCGCCCCUUAAUUUUACAACCACGUGUACAGAACACGGACGUUACGACAUCUUUUACAAUGAACGACUUGAUGGAGUUACCUACCCUGCUGGAUACAAAUUGCAUAAUGUGUAUACUGAACUGUGUGAAGUAAUUGUACUAGCAUGUGACGAAGGCUGGUAUGGUGAUAACUGUAGUCAGCAAUGUGUAGGACAUUGCAGAGAUAACACUUCAUGUAACCACGUGACUGGUCAGUGUGAAAGAGGUUGUGGAGCUGGGUGGACAGGAAUAUUUUGUGAUAAUGUUUGUGAUGACGGGAAGUAUGGAUAUAAUUGUGUCAACAACUGUAGUGGUCACUGUAUGAAUGGUUCUCUGUGUAACAAAGAACAUGGUCACUGUGACAAGGGGUGUGACCCGGGAUAUACCAACAGAGACUGCAGCAUAGAAUGUAGUUCUGGAUAUUUUGGAAUGAAAUGCAGAGGGCGAUGUAGCGGAAAUUGUAUAAACAAUGAAGCUUGUGACCAUAUUACUGGAAUAUGUCCCCGAGGGUGUAUGGACGGGUAUAUUGGACGACAUUGCAAUAUUUCUUGCCAGUCUGGGUAUUUUGGAACAAACUAUUCUUUUCCCUGUUGGCCACACUGUAAGACAUGUCGACACACAGAUGGUCGGUGUUCCUGUAGGGCUGGUUGGAGGGGUCAUGACUGUUCAAUAGAAUGUACUCAUUCCUAUGGAGAAAAUUGUCAGUAUUCUUGUAGUGGGCAAUGCAUUAACCAAACAUGUGAUAGAUUCAACGGAAAGUGUUUGUGUGAUGGCAAAUAUGAUGGUCUGCGGAAUGUUGAAUUUACGACCGACGUAUCUGCUUGUACAUUUAGGAUUGCUGCCUUCUCUAUAUCCCUUGUCAUCAACAUCAUAUUUCUUUUUGCCACAAUCCUUAGUCGAAGGAAAGCAAUCUUGAAACCGAAGUCCACAACAAAAGAAAAACAUUUUUCGAGGCGGUCUGGAUCAAAAACAGAGCAGACUGCUACCUCUGUUGACCCAUCUCACUAUCAAGAACUUCAAGUAUCACAGCCUGAAAACACCUAUCAAACUCUACAUCAGCAAUGA